AACAAACAAAUUAACCCGGAAGUGAUACAUUUGAAUUGAAUGUUGUCCGUCUUUUAUGUUUUCUAUAUGAAUGGUUCCGUCUGAACAGGGGCCACUGGCUCCCCCCUUCAACAUACAAGAUGGAACCUCGCCACGGGAUCAUGAAAGCUUUCCCCAAAGUUAAAAGAGCCAGAGUUCUUCAGGGAAAGGAAGCCCCCCCUUUAAAGAAGAAACCUGAUGAAUGUGAUAUCACAGGAAACACUUUUAAUGGUGUCACAGUGUACAUCCUGACUGCUGGAAUAGGAAAUGCCAGAUGUCAGAUCUUCCAAAGACAGAUCCAUCAGAAUGGAGGACAGACGGCGAGUUCACUGUGUCCCGGUGUCACUCACGUUGUGGUAGAUGACAACAUGGACAGUGGCAGGGCUCUGCGAUUACUGAAGGUGGACUGCAUGCCCUCUGGAGUCCAACUGGUGAAAUGCACUUGGUUGAGCUUGUGCAUCAGUGAGAAACAACUGCUGGAUGAAGCCAGCUACAGUCUUCUUUUACCCAAGAGGGACUCUAAAACACAACAUGAAAAUAUGAAAGAAGACUUGCUGAAUGAUAAGCCUGUUGCAGAAACUAUUGUAGAGCCAGUGUCUGAUCAAACCAAGCAAGAGGAAACCGUACACAUGUUUUCCUACUUUCAGACAGUCCUAGAAAGCAAAGAGGAAGUGCGAGGGGAAGAAGACGGCGUCUCUCAAAGUGACCUGGAAGCUCUCAUCACUGGCCAGCAACACAAAGAGGAGACUCCUAGCCUCAGCCUCGAUCCCGGUCCAGACUCUGCUGCUCAGAAGCCGGUCUCAGGGAAGUGGGUCUGCGCCCAUUCCUCUCAGUCCAAAACUAAUAACUUCAACAAGCACAUCACAGACAAACUAGAAGUGCUGGCCAAGGCUUACACACACCAAGGAGACAAGUGGAGGGCACUGAGUUACUCCAAGGCUGUGAACGCACUGAAGAGCUACCACAAGCCUGUUACAUCAUAUCAGGAGGCUUGUCAGAUCCCAGGGAUUGGAAAACGCAUGGCCGACAAAAUUGAUGAAAUAAUGGAAAGUGGUCACCUGCGGAAGUUAGAUCACAUUGGAGAUGCUGUGCCAGUACUGGAGCUUUUUACUAACAUCUGGGGUGCAGGAGCUAAGACUGCACAGUUAUGGUAUCAACAGGGAUUUCGCACUUUGGAGGACAUCCGCACAAAAGCCCACCUGAACAACACUCAGAAAAUAGGACUCAAGCACUACGACGACUUUCUUGACAGAAUGCCCAGAGAAGAAGCCGCAGCAAUUGAGAAAGUGGUGAGGGAUGCUGCUCUGGCCAUAGAGCCGGGCCUGGUGGCAAUGGCAUGUGGUUCCUACCGCCGGGGAAAAGCCACAUGUGGAGAUGUUGAUGUACUUAUAUCUCACCCUGACGGAAAGUCCCACAAGGGCAUUUUCAGCAAAGUGUUGCAGAUCCUCCAUGACAGUGGGUUUCUGACAGAUGACCUGGUGAGCCACGAGGAGAAUGGAGAUCAGAAAAAAUACAUGGGUGUGUGCCGCUUGCCAGGACCAGGCCACCGCCAUCGCAGGCUGGACGUCAUCGUGGUGCCCUACAAUGAGUUUGCCUGUGCCGUCAUGUAUUUCACCGGGUCGGCGCACUUCAACCGCUCAAUGAGGGCCAUGGCAAAGACAAAAAACAUGAGCUUAUCUGAGCACUCUCUUAACGAAGGCGUGGUGCGUCAAGGUAGCUUGAAGGUGCAUGGUGGCACUCCACUUCCCACACCUACAGAGAAGGAAGUGUUUAGUCUGUUAGGCAUACCAUACAGGGAGCCUUGUGAAAGGGACUGGUGAUGAUUUGCCAAUCACCAUGACACAUUUUAUGGUUUUAUAGAAAAAUAAUCAUGAUGUUGAUGAAUGUUGACAAUUGUCAUCUUUAGGGAUGUUUUACUGCUAGACACGCCUGUUUGACUUGAAUGCGCUUUUACUUUACAGAUUAAAUGAGAAGGUUCUCCCAAUUCACAAAGUCAAUAUUUUCUCACUUAGUCCUAGUGGUAUCUGGCCCUCUGGAUAGUUUUAAUUGUUUGUGCAAAGGUUUUUAGAUAUCUGUCCUUUGAAACUUCUGCCACUACCCCAAUAUAAUACAAAAAAACAUUUUUCUUAAAACAGUUACUUCAGUAGAAAGUAGUUCAACUGAAAACUCUCCACAGUAAGGUCGGUGGUUGCUGUUGAGUUUUACAAAUGAAAUGAAAUUCCACCAAGGGCUAGAUACCACUAGGGAUGAGUGAAAAAAAUGGGCUUCAGCAAGUUGAAUGUACUGGCCGUUUAAAAACAUUUUAAUAUAGGAGAUGUCUGUUACUGUUUAUUUUAUGAAAGAUGAGU